CACAGCUAUCUAUCGCAUUACAUACACCGUUAGCAGCGCGCCCAGGGGCGUUUGCCAUCUCCGCAGAGCGUGCCGGCCCACAAAACGACGAGCCAGCGAUAGCGCACGCACCGUGUCGACCCUUCCCAGCAUCAGGCCCACAAUGUCGUCGACCACCAACUCCUCUUCGUUCCCGAUCACAGAGGCUCAGCUGGUCGCACUGUUCAUGGAAGCCGUUGCGUAUGGAAUCCACGUGGUCACCUUCAUACAAUGCCUGUAUACCUGGUUCCUGAGGCUCCGAGACCCCUCGAAACCCUCCAGGUCGUGGCCAUGGAUGUCUGUUGCGGUCAUCUUAUUCGCAAUCGGCACGCUCGAUGUGUCCUUCAAUCUAUACCACAAUCUGUAUGCCUUCGUGAUCUACAAGGGUCCCGACGGCGCGGAAUCGCAGUUCAACGAUUUGUCGAACUGGGUCAACGUCAUGCGGAGCGUCUGGGCUCGAUUAAGCGCCACGAUCUCUGAUGCAGCACUCAUAUCCCGACUGUGGAUUGUCUAUACAUCCAUGGAAGUCCACCUUUUCGUCGUUGCCGUGCCUAUACUGCUUUGGUUAGGCGCCACCGCCUGCGCGGUUAUGGACAUUGAACUCCUAUCCACCCUCCAUCUGUCGAGCUCGAUACCCGGCGAACAACGCCUACGACCGUACCUAGUCGGUUACUACGUUAUGACCCUCGUCUUGAAUGUCUUGGCCACGGGCUUGAUCGUGUAUCGCAUCUGGGGCGUCCACCACGGUACCACCGGAUUCUACAGGAGUAAUUCACUUGGCACAGACCGUGUCACCAAGACCAUCCGGAUUUUUGUAGAGUCUGCGCUGCUCUACACCGUCUCAGUAACAGUCAGCGUCAUCGUCGAACUCGCAAAGUCGAACGCGUACUACGGAACCAGUGAUCUUAGCGUGGAGCUUGCGGGAAUAACUUUCGACCUUAUCAUCAUACGGAUCUGGCGAGGUGUCACGGCGGAACAGAGCCCUGCCUUUGCACGGUCCUGGAACCGAGAGGUGGACGCACGGAGAGACGCGGCACGGGAAGUGACUUCGAUCGACCGCAGCAGAGCUGUGUCACCAAUCGUUGUCCGCCUCGAGACUAUAUGCGUCGACAACGGAAAGGAUGGCCGUUGAUACCCACUCCUGUAACACAAUACCCCCUGGUCCAUCGUACUGAUUCCGCUUGUUGUGCUCUUAGCCUCUCGUUUACCCGUU